AGCCCGACAGGAUGCUCUCAAGGGUUUUAGGUGACGAGCCUAAUUUCUUCAGCCUCACUGCACUCUGUGUGGGUGGACCAUUUUAAGUUUGUCCGUGAUGUGUACCCAGAGGAACUUGAACCGUUCCACCUCCUCCACUGCUGUCCCGUCGAUGUGGAUUAGGGGGGUGCUCCCUCUGCUGUUACACCCCCUGGACAGGACACUAGUCUAUCACCUCAGUACACCCCAUGGACAGGACACUAGUCUAUCUCCUCAGUACACCCCCUGGACAGGACACUAGUCUAUCACAGGGCCUUUACCCCCAAUCUAUCUCCUUAAUGCAGAGUGACGAGCAGAACUCCUGACCUUCAGGUCUCAGGGUGGACACUGAGUUGGUUCCAAGGACCAGGCUGGACAACAUUGUUUUGUGGUUCCAGAAACAUGUACAGAAUAAAGGAGAGUAAUUUCUAUCACUACCUCUGGUCUGUAGGCAGAAGAGAUGGGAGGUACAUGAUCUAUCACUACCUCUGGUCUGUAGGCAGAAGAGAUGGGAGGUCCAUGAUUACAUGACAGGACUGUAUGAGGAGCUGAAGUCCUGGGUGCUGGUCUACUGGAGGAUCUGGGGAACCAUCAACCACCUCACCUGCUCCCACUGCCAACAGGUGUUUGUGUGUGCGGAGCUGUCCCACUGUCGGUAUCACCCAGAGGUUGUGUUGUACCCAGGCAUGGGGACAGAGCAGGGCUGGCACGGGACGGGCAUCUACCCCUGCUGCAACCAGAGGACGCUACGCUUUGACCCCACCGGCAUGCCCAAGGGCUGUAAGGUGCGGGACCACAUAGUGAAUGUGUCAGACAGUGGAGACUGUACUGGGGACCACCAGGUAAACUCAGCCCAGACCAGACUGCUCAACGACCUGCUACUACACAGAGAGACAGUGUGUGUACCCAACACACCCCUACCAGAGACAGGGCCUGUAGACUCCCCCUCUAGUGGUUCAGAGAGGGGGGAGCGGGUUUUGGACUGUGACAUCCUGGUAGAGCCGGGGCUUCUGGGACUUCAGAGAGUAGAGGGUACCACCUUUUCCCUGUUGAAAAACUGGAGCCGGCAACUGAGGCAGCAGACGCUGCUGUCUGAGGAUGAGGAGUAUACCACGGGGUCAGAGGUCACUGAGGAUGAGGUGGGGGAUGAAGAGGAGGCCAGCAAGAAACAAGCUGCUAAGAAGGCCAAGAAGUUGAGCAAACCUUUGAAGAGGCAGAUGUCCUCACCCAAUUUCCAUCGCAAAGAGAAAGCAGUGGAGAAAACCCCUUCGAGGGACAACACUCCAUUCAGAGUGAGUGCCCAGAAGAGUAAAUGGGACAGCUCUCGCUCCAUUCGCUACAACCAAGACGCCCAAAGAGAGGAAGACCAGCGGCGUAUGGUGGAGAUCAUUGGUCACCUGACUAAGAUUAGAUUUGGAGAUCAGGAACAGAGGAAGUCCAAGGACACUAAAGACCGUGCAGCAGGGAUCUACUCCAGACUAGAGGCCCAGUUUAAGUCCUCCUCCCAGGCCAGGGGACGACAGAGUGGCCCUGAGAAAACCCUCAGAGUGAAGCCACGCUUCAGCCAAGCUCGAACCACAUAGAUAUUGGAAAGAGGAGGAGGGAAGGAGGAAGAAAAGAGGAGGAGGAGGGAAGGAGGAAGACAGGAGGGAGAA